AUGGAGGCUCAAGGCAUCCCCCUCCCGCAGCACCAGCAGUACGGGCCCCCACAGCAUGCCUUCUCUUCCCAACUCGACAUGGCACAGCAACCCGCAACUGGACGCUCCGGCGCCUUCAACAUGAACGGCAUGGCGAAUGCGCUGCCACAGGCUGCAAUGAGGCACAAUCCCUAUGCGCCUGGAGGCCAACAGCAGCAUCAACAGCAACGAUUCAGCCCCGCAACAUCCUCGCCAUCGAUGAUGCCUCAGAUGCCACAGAUGGCUCCUCAGUAUCCGGGCCAAGCGGCGAUGCCCAUGGGAAACCCACACUACUACAUGCCACAUCACCCCCAGAUGCAGCACUAUUAUGCCAAUCAGCUCUCCCCGACCCAGCAACAAGCUCGACCGAACAUGGGGUAUUACCCGAACCAGAUGAUUAUGAACCAUCCGCAGAGCAGCCAUGUUGCCCAAGGAUACUACUAUCCUCCGCCCAGCCACUAUUCUCAGAACCAAGCUCUCCAAAACUCAAUGGUCUCCGCGCAGUACAUGGGAGGAAGUGCGAUACAUAGCGACCCGAGAGUCAUACCCCAGAUUCCGAACGGGAUUGAUCACAAUGGCGCACAUGUUCCUCCAAGCCACAAGUCUAGCGGUUAG